CGCGCAGCUGAGCUGACGUAGAAGUGACGGAAGAGAAACAUUUGAGUCCUUGCCGUGUGUUGCAGGCUUUGUGAUAGUGCGUCGUAAGAAAAUGUAAAUACAUGCUGACGAGUGCAACUAAAUACCAUACUUCGGCAUUCAGGUUCAAGUGCGCGAUACUAAGUUGAACGUUGCUGUGAAAGACGCAUAUAAACAUGAAGUGGUACGAGGGCUCGAUUCCAGAAGCAAUCUCACUUGCAAAAUCAACUCAAAAGGUUUUUCUAGUGUUCAUUGAAGGUACUGAUGGCCUGUCGAAAAACAUGGCAUCAACUUACGAGACUGAAGAAGUCUCUACAAAGUUGCACAGCUGUGACUGUGUUGCAAUAAAGCUCACUGCUGGAAGUGAGCCUUGCGAACAGUUUGCACAGAUUUACCCUGUUGUGGUAAUUCCUAGUACAUUCUUCAUUGGAUGCAAUGGCAUUCCAUUAGAAGUAAUUGCUGGUAGUGUAACACCUGAGGAAUUCAUUGACAAGAUUAAUAAAGUCAUGCAGGGACCAUCAGUAAAUCAGACACUAGCAGCUCCAGGAACCAGUGAAGGUGACGUAAACCCAAGUUUGUCAAGUACAGCUGGAAGUAAUGCAAGCGUACCACCUCUUGAAGAUAGGGUUGAACGAGCAAAGAGACUCGUUGAAGAAAGGAGACUGCAGAAGCAGAAAGAGGAGGAAGAGGAAGCAAAGGCUCUCGAGCAAGAGCGGCGCCGUGUGUCACGCGAAUUACAGAUGGCAAAGCAGUCUCAGUCAGAAGAAGAAAUGCGUGAAUGGGCAAGGAAGAGGGCCCAGGAGAAGCAGGAGGAGCGUUUGCAUCGUGAACGCAUUCAAGCACAGAUUGCUCAGGACAGGGCGGACAGAGCAGAGCGCUAUCAGAGAGAGAGAGCGAAGGAAGACAUAGAAAAGCAUGAACAGGCAGCAAAACUGGCCAAGGUGCAGCAGGAGAAGGACGCAAUUGAGGCAGCAGCUCAGAGUCAGCAAGCGAGGAUUCAGUUCCGUCUUCCAGAUGGCUCUUCAGCAACACACACUUUUGAAGCAGAUGCUACCUUACAGGAGCUUCAUAACUUUGUAAUACAGACAAUACAACCUGGUUUCACGACUUUCAAUUUCUCGAUCAUGUUUCCAAGACGGGAAUUCACGAGGGACCAAUACGGCCAAACCCUGCGUGAGCUGCAGCUGGCUCCUUCAUCUGUGAUCUUGGUUGUGCCUGUCCAGGCAGUCGUCCCAGCACCUUCUGGAAAUUCCUUGAUGACUCUGUUGUGGGCCGUGUUUUCUCCUCUCCUCUUUCUGUGGAAGUUGGCCUCCAGCUUUCUCUUUGGAUCUCCUCCUGCACAGCCUGUGGCGCCUGAGUCAGGAAGGCAACCUGCACCACCUGACUCUCCAAGAGCAACUGAUGCCGAGGAGCAGAGUGGCGCUCGGAGGCGAAGGCCUCAACAGGGAAGAGGGAGGGGUGGCAACGUGUACCAGCGCCAUGGAAAUAUUUACCGCUUCUCAAACCAACGAAGCAGCGACGACGAUGACGACACAAACACUUGGAAUGGAAAUUCAACUCAGCAAAUGUAGAAGUGUCAUCGCAAUAAAAGUUCUAGUUUGCA